UAUAAAUAUUAAAAUUUGGGGGGUCUACAUGUAAAGUGCCCGAGACUAAGGAAGAAGUCAACCAUUUGCAAAUGUUACUCAAAAUUGGUAACUUUGACUAAAUCAGAACAUAAAUGUCUCAGUUUUCCCUCCGUCCCUCCCACCUUAAACCGAAGAGAAGAAAAGCGUAGCGAAUGGCUGAGUGGAGCUACUUGCUACUAAUGACAAACCUGGUCCCCUUCCUCGCCCUCCUCCCGAUCUUCUUCUCCGCCGUCAUCCCCUCCGCCCACUCAUUGGCGACGGUGAAGGUGGGCGUAAUCAUGGACCUCACCACCGCCGUCGGCCGUGGCUCUCUCGUCGCCCUUUCACUCGCCCACUCCGACUUCUAUGCCUCCCAUCCAGAUUCUCCCGCACAGCUCCUCCUCCUCCCCCGCAACUCUUCGCACUCUGACCCCGUCGAUGCCGCCUCUGCAGCCCUUGAUCUCAUCUCUAACCAUCAGGUCGCAGCCAUUCUCGGUCCCGAAACCUCCUCAUCCGCCGAUUUUGUAACCAAUCUCGGCGCCCGCGCUCGCGUUCCCAUCAUGUCCUUCACCGCUACCUCCCCCACCCUCUCCCCCUCCCUCUCCCCAUUCUUCAUCCGCGCCGCCCCCUCCGACGCCGCCAUGGGUCCUGCAAUCGCCACCCUCGCGUCCGCGUUUUCUUGGCGCCGAUUAGUUCCCAUCUACGAAGACUCUGAUUUCGGCGACUCUCUUAUUCCCAAUCUCAUCGACGCCCUCUCCACCUCCGGCGACUCACAAAUCCCCUAUCGAUGCCCUAUUCCACCCGACGCAUCAGAUGACCGCAUAUCCAUGGAGCUUUACCGCCUCAAAACCCUACAAACCCGCGUAUUCGUGCUCCACGCACCUUCAGCCCUAGCAGCACGGAUCCUCACCUCGGCCGCGAAUGCGGGCAUGACUGAAACUGACUACGCAUGGAUACUCACCUCCGCCGUCGCCGGCCAGCUCGGUUCCAUCAAUCCUGUCACCAUUCUCAAUUCGAUGCAGGGCGACAUCGGCGUCCGCCCCUUCAUCCACCGAACAAACCGCAUCCGUGACUUCGAACAUCGUUGGCGAGUCGAAUUCCUAAAACAGAACCCUAACUUCGAGAUCGCCGCCUCCGACCUCAGCCCAUUCAUCUACUACGCUUACGAUUCCUUCUGGGCGGUCGCCACAGCCGCCAACACAGUAAUAGCCGCCAAUCCCCGCAUAUUGAGUUCAAAUCCGGCGAGCAAUCGAUCCAGUACAUCUCCUGCAGAGAUCUCGAAAAUACGGGGCUCGAACAUAGGGCCGAAGAUUCUGAAAUCUAUUCAAGAAACAGAGUUCGACGGAAUGAGCGGGCGAUUCCAACUGGUGGAUGGGGAGCUGAACGUAUCGGCGUUCCAGAUCGUGAAUGUAAACGGGGAAGGGGCCAGGGGAAUUGGAUUUUGGACGAUGAAGAAGGGAUUAUCUAAGAAUCUGAAUUCUAGCGGAGCUGGUUACUCGGCCGAUAGGAGUGAUCUUGGGGCCGUGAUAUGGCCGGGGGAAUCGGUGGCUCCGCCGAAGGGGUGGGAGGUACCGACGGGCGGCAAGAAGAUGAAAUUUCUGGUGCCGGGGCCUGUGGAUCCGGGAUUCCAUUCAUUUCUCAGCGUGGUUAGGGAUCCUGAGACCGGGAAGCUUGAUGUCGGAGGGUAUGUGAUCGAGAUUUUUGAGGCUGCUGUGCGGCGGCUUCCAUACGCGCUACCUUUUGAGUACGCGUCAAUGGCGAACGACGGCGGGAGAAACACCGUCGACUACAACGCGCUGGUUAGAGCCGUCUUCGACCAGGAGUACGACGGCGUGGUGGGCGAUGUAACGAUAACAGCCAACCGAUCGGAGUACGGCGGUUUCACCUUCCCCUACACCGCCUCCGGCGUGUCCAUGUUAGUCCCCGUUCGCGACGUCCGGAACCACCGAGCAUGGAUCUUCCUCAAGCCCCUCACCACCGACCUCUGGCUCGUCAGCGCCCUCUUCUUCAUCUUCACCGGAAUCAUCGUCUGGUUCCUCGAACACCGCAUCAAUCCAGACUUCCGCGGCCCUCCCUCCCACCAGCUCGGCACCGUCUUCUACUUUUCCUUCUCCACCCUCGUCUUCGCCCACAAGGAGACCAUAAUGAGCAAUCUAUCGAAGCUGGUGGUAACAAUCUGGGUGUUUGUGGUGCUCAUACUCACUUCAAGCUAUACUGCCAGUCUAACUUCGAUGCUGACCGUGAGGCAGGUCCAGCCGAGCAUAACUGACAUUCACGAGCUCAUUGACAACCGGAGGAACGUCGGCUAUCUCCGCCAUUCUUUUGUCAAAGGGCUUCUGGUCACAAAUGGGUUCCAUGAGUCGCAACUCUUCGGAUUGAAGUCUCCGGAUGAGUACAAGGAUGCGCUCUCCAACGGCACCGUCGCCGCCAUCAUCGACGAGAUCCCGUACCUCAAGCUUUUUCUCAAGUCUUUCUGCGACAACUUCACUAUGGGCACCCAGCUCUACAAAACCUCUGGUUUUGGAUUCGUUUUCCCCAAAGGCUCCUCACUUGUUACAGACAUGUCGAGAGCAAUUCUGAACCUGACGGAGAGCAAUGAAAUGGUGGAGAUCGAACGGCGGUGGUUCGGCGACCAAUCAACCUGUCCUAAACAGGGUAGCAGCUCCAACUCCGCCUCCAAUAGCCUCGACAUCACACCGAAAUUCCGCAGUUGGCAAAGACCCAUUGGAGAACAAACUGUUGAGCAACCCCAGAGCUCCAGCAACAACGCUAAAAGAAGCUCCCUUCAGAUCCAACCAUUCAGAAGCCCAACAGUCGCUGAAGACAUCGUUCCAACGAUUGCCCCAAUCAUCGCCAAGCCCAUAUUAAUUGAAGGUGAACCAGAAUUGGAAGACAUCAAUACAUCAUUACCUUCAACCGAAGAUUGUAAAGAACUUGUAGCUGACGAAGGUAAUUUUCUCUCUGGUGUCUUGGAAAAACUGUUAUUAGCUCCUAUAGUUGAAAAAGAAUCUCAACGACAUCGAAUUUUUCACACAAGGUGCGCUGUAAUGGGGAAGGUUUGUGAUCUACUUAUUGACAGUGGUUGCACUGAAAAUAUUGUGUCCAAGAGAAUGGUCAAGGCAUUACAAUUGAAUACUACCAAACAUCCUAAUCAAUACAAUAUUGGUUUGGUUAAGAAAGGAGUGGAAACGACUGUGACUGAAUCAUGUAAAGUCUCGUUCUCCAUACGUAAGCAUUACGAGUGCGAAGUUAAAUGUGAUGUCAUAGAGAUGGAUGUGUGCCAUAUUAUAUUAGAUGGACGUUGGCAAUAUGACAAGACAGCAUGGUAUGAUGGAAAGAGCCAUGCUUAUACGUUCGGAUGGAAAGAAUCAAACUGUGUUGUAAUGCAAGAAGAUAUUUCGGAGAAUUCUAAAUUUGUGAAGCCGGAUACUCCCCAUGAAGUUAUAAAAUUGCUGCAGCAAUUUGAUGAUGCAAUGCCCGUCAAACUCCCAAAUACGCUCCCACAUGUCUGUGCUAUUCAACAUCAAAUCGGUUUGAUACCGGGUGCAACUCUUCCCAACCUGCCGUACUAUAGCAUGAACCCGAAAGAACAAUUCCUGUUGAAAGAAAUCAAUGAUGAAUUCCUACGCAAGGAUUACUUCCGUCCGAGUUUAAGUCCUUGUGCGGAGCCAGCCUUCCUUACUCUCAAGAAAGAUGGGAGUUGGCGAAUGUCCGUGGACAGCCGGACUAAAAACAAAAUCGUUGUGAAAUAUCGUUUUCCCAUGUCAAGGUUUGAAAACCAACUAGAUCGCUUGGCAGGCGCUUCAGUUUUCUCCAAACCGGACCUAAGAAGUGGAUAA